GUGUAUGAACAUGUAUACGAAACUGUGGAUAUCAGCAGUAGCCCAGAAGUUAGAGCUAAUGCAACAGCAAAGGCCACCGUAGCUGCCUUUGCUGCUAGUGAAGGUCAUUCCCAUCCCAGAGUGGUUGAACUUCCCAAAACGGAAGAAGGUCUUGGAUUCAACAUUAUGGGAGGCAAAGAACAAAAUUCUCCAAUCUAUAUCUCUCGAAUUAUCCCUGGCGGUAUAGCUGAUAGACAUGGAGGCCUGAAACGUGGAGACCAGCUGCUUUCUGUAAACGGAGUGAGUGUCGAAGGUGAACACCAUGAAAAAGCAGUAGAACUGCUGAAGGCAGCUCAAGGAAAGGUUAAAUUAGUUGUGCGAUACACACCAAAGGUCCUGGAAGAAAUGGAGUCGAGAUUUGAAAAAAUGAGAUCGGCAAAACGCAGGCAGCAAAAUUAACGUUGUAUGCAAUAACUUAAAGAGAAAAUAUAUUCCAUUUGCGUUUUAUAGUUUGCUUUGUGACUCAGUUGAUCCAAUGCCUGGGCUACAAAAGACCCUGUCCUUUUCAUAGAAUCACAGAAUGACUGACGUUGGAGGGACUCCUGGAGACCAUCUAACCCAAGACCAUCUAAACCCUGCUUAGAGGAGGGUUAGCUAGAGCAGGUUGCUCAGGACUGACAGGCUGGGUCUUUGAGCAUCUCCAAGGAUGGAGACUCCAGAAGAUCUCUGGGCAACCUGUUCUAGUGUUUCGAUCUCCCU